AUGUCAAAACGAGCCCAAGCCCAGAAUUCCAUCAUUGUUCGGCAACGUAUGCAGGAGCAGGCCAAGUUCGACGAAGCACAAGUUGCUGCUGUGGCCAGAGCGCGCAUAAACGAACAGAAGAUCAAGAACAUGAUGCAGCGUGUUGUUGAGCAAGAUCGCAUCAUCCAGGGGCUGCAAAAGCCGCAACCUGCUACCGCAAGUCCGCAAGCGAACUCCGUCAUCGGACACACGCAAGCUGUCAUGCCGGUAUCGAAUGGUUCAUCUGCCAUGACGACUUCAGCAGUGAACUACCAAGGCCUACUACCAUCACAAGUCAUGUACGUACCUACCAUUCCCAAUGCUAACAGGGCUACCAGACAACCCAAGGCUCGCUAUCCGGAGAAGGCGCCCCACCCUAUUCCAGUGCGUGCCCCCGGUACGCAUCCUCGGGAUGAGUACGUCUUCGAUUUCGGUAUAUUCAAGCAUUGGUACUUUACGGAAGCCCCCGAGUACUAUAUCAGUAGUAUUGGCGGGAUGAAAAGUGUUGUCGGAACUGGCAACCAUCCUGGCUUGUAUGAUGCAUUCAGACGCUAUAGGCCCGACCUGCUGUACGACCGACAGCCUUCAGCUACCCAGGCACAUCAGCCUGUACCUACCCAGGUGCAUCAGCCUGUACCUACCCAGGCGCAUCAGCCUGUCCCUACCCAGGUGCAUCAGCCUGUCCCUACCCAGGUGCAUCAGCCUGUAUCUUCCCAGGUAUAUCAGUACUACCCAGUUCAGGCAUCUCAAGAACCGGCUGUGAGCGGUGCAACCGUGAACCUCCCAAACACGAGCAACACACCGGCAAGCGACACGAAGACGACCGACGAGGCGGCGCAGCCCAACACCACUCCUCACAUCACUAUGGCAAUGUUAGAUCGUGCGGGUUGGACCGUGUCGAAGCUGUUGAGCAAGGGUGUGACACUGCGGAAGAUGUUGAGGAUGGGUUUGACUGUGUCAGACCUGUUGAAGAGCAAUGUGACUCUAUCAGACAUGGUAGACGCUGACGUGAACUUUGACGAUAUCAUGGCAGCCGGUAUAUCCUUCGAAACGAUAGUGCACUGCAAGGAUCACCUCUGUCCGGACGAUAGUGACUCUUCAUGCGCCAGCUCUUCUGCAUCCACCAGUCCUUCAUCAUCGGGCCCAGCAUUCUCCACUCCCCCUUACGGUCACACGUCCACGAUACCUAGUUCUCCUUCUUCGGCGCCCGACUCCUCACCACUCACAAGGAAGAAGGCGCCGUUAGACAUUCCCCUUUAUUACGCGACUCACGGCCUUGGCCGCCACAGGCCGAAGUCAGUGCCACCCAAGAUCAAGAUAGAGAAGGAUGACAGCACUUCGGCAAAGAAGACCAGGGGAAGGCCCAAGGGCAGCAAGAACAAAGGCAAGGGCAAGGCGCCAGUCUCAACAGUUGAAGCGGUUCCUGAAACUCCCACGAACCCCGAGAAGCGAAAGCGUGGACGGCCAUGCAAGAACCCACUACCAGAGGUUGCCGAAUCGUCCUCGAAGAGACAGAAGACGAUAGUCGACUUCAUGAAGAACACUCCGGAGACACGGAGAAUCCCGGCGGCCUUAUGCGUUGUGGACCAGCCGGUCGUAUGGGACGGCGAGACAUGGAUAGCUUACAUUGACCUCACUUCUCCGAAGAAGUAG